AUGUUCAAAUUUAACCAUACUCAAACCGAUAUUGGUGGUGGGUGUUGGGAACAGUUUUCUCUCGAUCAAAUACCAACAAACAGAACCACACAAGAGAAUCAUAAACACUUUGAGAACAAUCCAUUAGUUAAAAUUGCAACCUAUAAUAUUCUCUUUGAUCAUUGGGAUUCACACAUUUAUUCCAAAUCCAAUCGAGAACGAUUUGAAUUUCAACUCACCCGAAUUUUACCUCAACUGAAAGCAGAUAUUAUUGGACUGAAUGAAGUAGAUCCUCUCUUUUUAUCUCUAUUAUUACAACAAGAAUGGGUUCAAAAAGAUUAUUAUGUAUCACAAAUUGAUUUUAAUGAUUUUAAUAACAAUGAUAAUAGUAGUAGUGACAGUAGCAUUGACAACACUACUAGUGCUAAUAAUAGUAAUCAUAAUAAUAAUAGUAACAAUAAUAGUAAUAAUAAUAGCAACAAUAAUAGUAACAAUAAUAGUAAUAAUAAUAAUACUAAUACUAUUACUGCUACUACUGAAACAACAAUGAAUAAUAGUGACAAUAUCAAUACCACCACCACACUCCAUCAUCACAUCUUUGGAAAUAUUGUACUUGUUUCAAAGAACAGUAUACUAGUACCAAUUCAUAUUUCAAAAUUUAAAUUUAAUUCUCAUUGGAGAGAUGGUAUUCAAUUAGAUUUUAAAAAGAUGAGUGAUGAGAAUAAUCAUGAUGAUAUACUUGUCACCAUGAUUGCAUGUCAUUUAAAAGCAGGUGAGACCAUACAAGAUAUUUCAACCAGAAAAGAACAAUUACAACAAAUUUCAGAACAUUUUUCAAGAGCGAGUCAAGAACAAAUGGUGAUUGUUUUUGGUGAUUUGAAUAUUCAAAUGGAUGAUCAUAGCACAGAACCAUUACCAAAUGGAUUUAAGGAUCUUUAUGUGGAAUUGAAAGAAUAUCACUGCCAUACAUUAUCAGAAAAUUUCAAACAACAAGAAGAACACUCUACAACGAUCAUCACUCAUUCCAACGGCAAUCAUCAAAUUCCAUCUCUUGAAUAUACCUAUGAUGGAGAAUUGAAUGGUUUAAUUGGAGAUGCAUCAUUUAAAAAGAGAUUGGAUCGAUUCUAUGUUAAAUAUUCAUCAUCUCAAAUGGAUGAUAGCACAGACUACAAAACUUCAAAUAAUCGUAGAAUAUUCAGUGAUAUGAAAUUAUUUGGAACAGAAUGUAUGACUGUUGAAGAUUUAAAGACUAUUAUCAUGAACCAAGAAAAUCAUGACACAACAUCAGACGAUACUUGUCAUCCACUCAUUGGUAAGCCUGCUUCAGAUCAUUAUGGAUUGAUCGUGACCAUGAAUUUAUAA